CUGCCGUGGCUGACGACACUCGCCCAAGUGGCAUGGCGGUUCCGAGUCUCUUAAAUAGCGAGGAGGGCCUCUUCUGGCUUCAGUCUUAGCGCUAACGACACUGCAGCAGCAUGGCCCGCGUCCUUUUCCUCUUUCUGGCCCUUGUAGCGGCAGCGUCGGCUACGCAGAGCAGGUACACUGUCGCCCAGCUUGUCGACUUGUUCGGUCGCAUUGAUGCGUGCUUGGCGCACGUGCCCCAGACCGGCUUUUCCAACCAGCCCUCCGACGUUUGCAAGGACUACGCCAGGAAGGAGCUGAUGGGCGGCUACACCAAGGAGUCACAGGUUGACCGCAUCACCAACUGUCUCAAGAAUUACGAGGUCCCCGUUGCCGCUGACGAUGUCGCCUUCGCUGAGGAGUGCCUAAAUGUUUACAUGCCCAUGCCCGUCACCGCCUAGUCCGUCCAAAAUAAAAACAUGAACGGUCUUUUAUGAUGUGCAAUAAAAGAAAUGAAGCAAGGAAAGGUCAGAAAGAUUA